AUGAAGCACCGUAGCGAACCAACAGACGAAAACACUUGAGGAGUGUUGUGUGCAGCCAAUCGCCAGAACAACCCUGCAAGACUACAGCAAGGCAGGGAGUGGGAGGGAAGGAUUUGGGAAGCAAAACAUGGCGAAAUAACAAGUUUGGCCGUUCGCCGCAGUUAAAACCUGCACCGUGAAUGAAGUGUUGGACUACAACUGCACGUUCGUAAAAAUCUGGACGUUAGAGAGAGAGAAUAACGCCAAACUUUGAAUAGUCGAGGGCCCCAGAUUACAAGCAUUACGGUGGCUGUCGAGAACAUAGUGCCUGCCUUUCUGCUUGUGUUUUCCCCCGGAAGGUUGGCAGUGCUAGGCGCGACUGUCAACACGGAAAAUGGAUGAAGACGGAAAGUUUAACCUGGAGAUGAAUAUCUAAACCGGUUAGCUUAGCUUCGUUAGCUUUGCCAGUUAACGUUAGAUUGAUCGCGCGCACCUGACUCGGUAUCUCAAUCUGAAUAUUGAAGUCGUGUUAACAAGUUUGGCAAGUACAGUCGCAUCGAAUCGUGUUCCAAUCACGCUGAUUGUUUUCGUUUUUCGCACUCAUGCUAUAGUUAAAUCAGGGGAAGUCGUCUUAUGUGAGGUGGAUCAUGACAGCCUGACAGUUGGUUCUGGUUCUGGUGCGGACGGACCCGGACGCCAUCAUCACAUCAGACGUUGCGUUCUCCUUAAAAACCAAACGCUGCGUUGCAAAGCCUUCAAUGUUAUUUUAUAUCCGUUUAACAAGGAAUGAAUCACAGCUGUCAGGUUGUUUUUAUUUUUCCAGCAUUCUUUGAUGGUGUUAAAAUCAGCUGGGAUGUUGUACAGCAGCAGUCUUGUCAAAAUGAACGCAGCAGCAAGGUGUUCAACAACAGCGGAGGUGCAUCGUAUUGAAAACCUGCAAGCUGACAAAACGGAACCAAUGGCAGGCUAAAGCCGAUCUGAACAGUUUGUUUAAAUCUCUUAUUUGUACUUCAACGUGUUUUGAUUAGGUACUGCUGUAAAACAACUGCGGAUAACAGUUGACUUAAUGUGAGCUAGUCAGCUGGGUGCGUCUGUGUUUGCUAAUCUAAGUGCUACCGUGGUGUUCCGCAACAGUUUCAGCACACAGGACUGCACUUUAGGUUCAUUGUCUUCAUAGAUACGCCAUUACGAGCUCGUUUUAGCAGCUACUUAAAUUCCCCUCUUGUACUUGGUUUCAAAUAACUGGCUAACUUGGUAGCUAACGUCCUAAGUUUGGCCAGCCAUGUCUGAAAACGCCCCCACACGAAGCCUGGAUGACAUAGACCUCGCAGCUCUUAGGGAUCCAGCGGGGAUCUUUGAGCUGGUCGAGGUGGUCGGCAAUGGCACAUACGGACAGGUGUACAAGGGCCGUCACGUGAAGACAGGCCAGCUGGCUGCCAUCAAAGUGAUGGACGUCACAGAGGAGGAAGAGGAGGAGAUCAAAGCAGAAAUCAACAUGCUGAAGAAGUACAGCCACCACAGAAACAUAGCCACGUACUACGGUGCCUUUGUCAAGAAGAGUCCACCAGGACAUGAUGACCAACUUUGGCUGGUGAUGGAGUUCUGUGGGGCGGGAUCAGUGACCGACCUGGUGAAGAACACAAAGGGCAGCUCUCUGAAGGAGGACUGGAUUGCUUACAUUUGCAGAGAGAUCCUAAGGGGCCUUUCUCACCUCCACGCCCAUAAAGUUAUCCACCGAGACAUCAAGGGUCAGAAUGUGCUGCUGACAGAGAAUGCAGAGGUCAAACUUGUUGAUUUUGGAGUGAGCGCUCAGUUAGACAGGACAGUGGGCCGAAGAAACACCUUCAUCGGCACACCAUACUGGAUGGCACCUGAAGUUAUCGCCUGUGAUGAGAACCCUGACUCCACCUAUGACUACAGGAGCGAUAUCUGGUCCCUGGGGAUCACAGCCAUAGAGAUGGCCGAGGGAGCUCCUCCUCUGUGUGACAUGCACCCAAUGAGAGCCCUCUUCCUCAUCCCAAGGAACCCCCCUCCGAAACUUAAAUCCAAAAAAUGGUCUAAGAAGUUCAUUGACUUUAUAGAGGGCUGCCUUGUGAAGACAUAUACCAGCCGGCCAUCCACAGAGCAGCUGCUGAAGCACUCCUUCAUCAGGGACCAGCCCACCGAGCGCCAGGUCCGAAUCCAGCUCAAAGACCACAUCGACCGAACUCGCAAGAAGCGGGGAGAGAAAGAAGAGACAGAGUACGAGUACAGCGGUAGUGAUGAAGAGGACGAAAACCGCGGAGAUGACAGAGAGUCAAGCUCCAUCCUGAACGUGCCCGGCGAGUCCACUCUGAGGCGGGAUUUCCAGCGUCUGCAGCAGGAGAACAAAGAGCGAUCCGAGGCUCACAAGAGGCAGCAGGCCCAGCUGGCUGCUCAGAGAAGGGACCCUGAAGAACACAAGAGGCAACUGUUGCACGACCGACAGAAACGCAUCGAGGAGCAGAAGGAACAACGGCGUCGACUUGAGGAGCAACAGAGAAAGGAGCGAGAGAUGGUGAGGCAGCAAGAAAAAGGUCCCCACCGGAGACUCGACGAUAUGAGACGGGAGGAAGAUAGGAGGCUGGCUGAGAGGGAGCAGGAGUUUAUCAGACAUAAGUUAGAGGAAGAGCAGCGCCAGUUAGAAAUCCUCCAGCAGCAGCUGCUUCAGGAGCAAGCACUCCUCAUGGAGUAUAAGCGCAAACAGCUGGAGGAGCAGCGCCAGUCAGAGCGGCUGCAGAGGCAGCUGCAGCAGGAGCAUGCCUACCUGGUGUCUCUGCAGCAACAGCAGCAAGAAAAGAAGCCCCAGCUCUACCACUACAACAAAAACCUGGAGCCCAACAACAAACCCACUUGGGCCCGAGAGGUGGAGGAGCGGAGUAAGCUCAACAGACAGGGCUCACCCAAAAUCUGCACCACCGUCUCUGACACCGCCAUCCAAUCACGGUCUGACUCAAUCAGCCAAUCAGGAGUGGGGCAGUCUGCUCAGACCCCGCCGAUGCAGAGGCCAGUGGAGCCUCAAGGAGGGCAGGGAAAGUUUCAAAUGGCUCACUUGGUCCCACUAAAGCCUUACGCUGCCCCUGUCCCUCGCUCCCAGUCUCUCUGUGACCAGCCCACUAAGACCAUGUCCGCCUUCCCCACCCAGGACCCCUCCCUUGCCCCCACACCCCGCCCCAUCCACUCUAGAGAGCUGGUGCGUCAAAACUCAGACCCUACUUCUGAGACCCAGGCGCCACAGGCCCACCAAAUCAGAGAGGAUCGUGGGCCAUGGAUCCGCCUGCCAGAUGUGGAACUACCACCCAAGAUCCCUCAGAGGACAGCAUCCAUUGCCACAGCUCUCAACAACCUUUCCUCUGGCAUAAGGCAUCCAGUCAGAGCCAGCAAUCCAGAUCUGAGCCGCAAUGAUCGCUGGGAGAGAGGAGACAGUAUGAGCAUCAUAUCCAAUCUGCCCCAGACUGGCUCUCUGGAGAGGCACCGCAUCCUUAGUGAGCUCCUCCAAAUGGAUUCGCCGAUUAUCUCCCACGACAGUCGUCAUAAGCCAGGGGAGUCUCGCACCUCCUCUCGCCCUGGGCGCCCUGCUGACCACGGCCUCUUUGCCAAGGAGCGUGCUGAGGAGCAGCCGAGGCCCCCUGUCAAGGCCAAUGAUUACUCCUCCUCUUCAGAGAGCAGCGAGAGCAGCGAGGAGAGCGAGAGCGGGGAAGGUGUUGAAGAGGAAGAAAGCCCCACUGAUCGUCACAGGGACGCAGACACAGACUCAGUCAACACCAUGGUGGUUCAUGAAGACGAAGGCGAGGUGGGUGAGGGAGAGCAGGCCGGAGGCUACGGGGAUCAGACCAUGCUGGUGCAGAGGACCCCAGAGAAACGGAGUCAUAAUGGGUACACUAACUUGCCAGAUGUGGUCCAGCCCUCCCACUCCCCCACCGAUUCAGCCUCUCACUCCUCUCCUGGGAAGGACUCUGUUUAUGAUUAUCAAUCCAGAGGUUUGGUGAAAGCAUCUGGAAAGUCCUCCUUCACCACCUUUGUGGACUUGGGCAUGUACCAGUCACCAGGAAGUACAGGGGAUAACAUGUCCAUCACUGGCUCUAGGUUUGAGCAGCUGAAGAUGGAGGUGAGGAAAGGCUCCAUGGUGAAUGUCAAUCCCACCAACACACGCCCCCCCAAUGACACGCCUGAGAUCCGCAAGUACAAGAAGAGGUUCAACUCUGAGAUCCUGUGUGCCGCGCUCUGGGGUGUGAACCUGUUGGUGGGCACAGAGAACGGUUUGAAGCUGCUGGACCGCAGUGGUCAGGGCAAGGUUUAUCCCCUCAUCAACUCUCGCAGGUUCCAACAGAUGGACGUCCUGGAGGGCCACCUGCUCAUCACAAUAUCAGGCAAGAAAAACAAGGUGCGUGUCUACUACCUGGCCUGGCUGAGGAACAAGAUCCUCCACAAUGACCCUGAAGUGGAGAAGAAGCAAGGCUGGACCACUGUGGGGGAGAUGGAGGGUUGCGUGCACUACAAAGUGGUGAAAUAUGAGAGGAUAAAGUUCCUGGUGAUUGCUUUGAAGAAUGCAGUGGAGGUGUAUGCUUGGGCGCCCAAACCUUAUCACAAAUUCAUGGCCUUCAAGUCUUUUGCAGACCUGCCACACAGACCUGUUCUGGUGGACCUGACAGUGGAGGAGGGUCAGAGGUUGAAGGUCAUCUAUGGUUCCUGUGCCGGCUUUCAUGCCAUCGAUGUGGACUCUGGGAACAACUAUGAUAUUUACAUCCCUGUUCAUAUCCAGAGCCAAGUGACUCCACACGCAAUAGUCUUCCUGCCCAGCUCAGACGGCAUGGAGAUGCUGCUCUGCUACGAAGACGAGGGCGUCUAUGUCAACACCUACGGACGAAUCAUCAAGGAUGUGGUCCUGCAGUGGGGAGAGAUGCCCACUUCUGUUGCUCAUAUCUGUUCAAAUCAGAUCAUGGGAUGGGGAGAAAAAGCCAUUGAGAUUCGGUCUGUGGAGACCGGUCACUUGGAUGGAGUCUUCAUGCACAAAAGAGCUCAGAGGCUGAAGUUCCUUUGUGAGAGAAAUGACAAGGUGUUCUUCGCAUCAGUGCGGUCUGGAGGCAGCAGCCAGGUUUACUUCAUGACCCUGAACAGAAAUUGCAUCAUGAACUGGUGAAAGGAUCAGCUGCUCUGGUCAGUGUGUGGAACCCAGCAGGGGUUUGGAGAAGGAAGUGCAUCUUCAAAAAAAUCUGACAAACGCAUGCACACAAAAUGUGAACACCUCUCUAUUUUCUCUCCAGCUCGCUCUACUCACGCACUCAUUCUCCGAAGACACGCAGACACACAAACUCUCAUAGACAGGCACACAAAAACAAUCUGAGUCCAUUCCAGCCUACAUUCCUUAAGACACAGUUUUCUACCAAGGCUCCCUGAUAACAUUCUCCCUAUAGCAUCAUGGAAAAUCUCACAUGAGCUUCAAAUGUUAAUACCAUCUAUUCAUUUGUAAUGGAUAUAUUCUCGUCUUGAUUUACUUUAGUUGGUGAACCUGUGUUCAGUUGUGAUUUAGUUCCUAAUUGUGAAGUAUGUUUGAAAACAUUCCUUGAUGGUUCUUCAGUUAAUUUUGAGGAAGGCAUUAUUUACCCUUACUGUAUGUCCAAAUGAAGCUGUAAAUAGGUAGCACUUACACUCAUACCUAAUCAUUUGCAGGCCUCCUACAUAGCCUGCAUUCAGUGUGGACUUCAAAUAAUAACAUGCUGGAACAUCCAUCUGCAGUGACUCGUGGACCCCCAAAGAUUUGGGCUAUUACAAUUUAAUGGAGGCUUAAAGGAAGGAUUUAGUACAUAAUAUGACAAAGGGACAUUGAAGUCAGGAAGAAGUAGCUUGUUUGAUUAUUGUUAGAUUAUAUAGUAGACUGUAACCUGAAGUCCUGCUUUUGCUAACUGUUUCUAAAUGAAAAAAUGAUGUUGCAUCUCUAAAUCAUGGCACGAACGCCUUGAAUGCUUCAGAAGUGAAAAACACGUCAGUUUGGAUAAAAAUCUGAAGCCUCAGAAAAGUGCAGCACUGCAGAAUCCUUGCUGUGAAAUCUCCUGCUUUGCCUUUUUUCUAUGGUUUAGAUAAAGACAUCCGUUUAUUCGACUCAUCGGGCUUGUAUCUAAACUUUCUGUUUUCAUACAUCUACAAAAUACAAAAUUUGAUAUUUAUAUGUAGUAAUUCUGUAUUGGUAUUAGCCUACUGGUAUUCUUAAUUUUACUGUAAUUAUAUUGCCAUUAUAUUGCAAUAUAUGCUAUUCUUGUGGAGUCUUUGUUUGAAGAGGGGAGUUCAUGUGUUUGGCGUGGUAGAUUUAGGGAGUGAGGAUGUUGGAGAGACAUGAAAGGAGGGCGUCACUGAGACUACAGAGAUCACAUUUUCAAUGUCCUUUCACUCUGCUACCACAGUGAUCUAUUCUGCUGUAUUAUAUUUCGGUUCUGCAACUAUUUUGUGGAUCUUUCUGUGAGAACAGUUUGCCCAGGGGAUCUCAGUAGGACAGGUCAGGGGUGGUACCGGUCAUAUUUGUUUGAGGACAGAGGAAAGAUAUAACCUAGAGUGACCUCUGUGAUACAACAGAGGACACCGGGUCAUCCGGCACUUUGGAGAACGCAGCUGGAGACUGAACAUAUUUUAUAUCCGUACUUCUGCCAAGUUCACAGAAUAUUUUGCAACAGGAAGAAUCAAGGCCCGAAGAAGAUUAGAGCUUAUUGACAACUGCAGGGAAGUGAGAAGUUCUUCCGAUGAUCACUAACCAAGGAGCUUUUCUAUGAAGGAAAAUGAUCCUAAACGUCAGCCCAUUUUAUUUAUAUUAUAAAACAUCUUAACUUUAAAUGUUUACUCCCUGCUUUGUUUUGGCAGCUGCCCAAAGAUGACACCGUUUGCCCCCAUAUGCUGUGCAGUACGGUAGAAGUGCCAGGCAGCGUAAUGAGGAAGUAACUCUGUGAUUUUGUGUCAGCAGUGGGUAGUUCCACACAUGAAUUAGGCUUUUUGUUCUGUGAUUCACAACAACAAGCUGCCUCAGCACUUUGGUAUUAACAGGUGGGCAUUUAGAAGUCUAGAAGAUUUAUGACACAUCUUAUCAGCUUGUAGUUGUUGGCACAACAUCUUCUUAUUUCCGCAUGUGAGUUCAUCUGCUCAUAAAGGCUGACGUGUGGAUGCUUAAAGAGUGCAGCUGACCUAUCUUCAGAGCUUUUGGAUCCUAUGAGAGGAAUCUUGGUCAGUGAUCAAUGGGGGAAUCUUCUUAAAGUUGAGCUUUAUGCUAAAGAGUAAUUUAUAUGGUCACAGAAAGCUAUACAGAUCGCAGCAUAUGGUCAGGGCGGAUGACAUUUAAUCAAAGAUUAUAAAUAGAUGGUUGGAUUUUAUGGCGGAGAUAAAACUGUAAACAUACAUGUACAAAUAUAUCUGGAGCAGACACUUUGGUGUGCAUGUGAGCCAUUGAAAUAGAGUAUUAUAGUACUGUAUCAAUGUGUUUUCCCCUUUUAGCGAAUGUGUUUUUACUCUUUAAUAUGUUAUGUGCCAUGACCUACAUGUGAUAUGUUCAAGAUACAAUCCACCAGGAGCUCUGGCACUCAUGCUUUUUAUGGUUAACCAUCAUUUAUAUUAAUCUGUUUACAGUUUAAGCAGUGCCUUGGAGCUGGAAAGGUUAAGGAUUGGUUAUGAGCCCCCUUCCCUGUCGUCUCUUACUUGAAAUGUCAUAAAGAAGAGACACUACUGUAUCUGCUCCCUCGUAAAGAUUGACGCCCUGUGCCAGUUAAGUGCACUUGAGUCGAAUCCACAAUAACGUGGAGACGGACUUGGAAUGCUUUUUGGCACCCCAUAUAUCUAAUAAAGCAAAACUGAUCAAAGCAGAUAAUCCAUUCAGUUAAUUGCAAUAAUAAAUAAUUUAUCACAAUUAAUCAGUGUCUCAUGUAAAGGAUCUACUCGCAGCGGGAGCUGGCAUAGAGUCAAGCCAUACGUACGAAUGUGUCUAUAGGUGAACUUAGUACUCGUGAUGUCCGCUCAGAAACUGUAGGUUUGUGCAUCAAAAAGCUGAGAACAGCGCUUGUUCUUUAAACAUGUUGAUUGUGUAAUCUCGUUGUAGGGACAAUUAGCUUGAUAUAUUCUGAGAAGCUAUUUUAUAAAAUAUGUAAAUUAGUCUAUAUUGCGAAUAAAAGUGAAUGUAUAUCUAUAAGACAGAUUUGUAUUAUAUAAAAACGUGUAUCGCUCGAUUAAUCAAAGCACAAUGUAUUUUAGAGCAGAGAGAUCAAAGCUAUAAGUGAGACAAAGAGAGAGAUGGAGGGUUUUUCUCCCAUCAUUCAUUCAGCUGUCGUCAAUCUCUUCAGUAGAUAAACAGUGAGUAGUUGAUCAUAAAGAGACAGCUGUCUGUAUGUCAAACUGCAUUUCUCAGAGAAGUGAUAUCUGAAGGGUCAGCUGUGGCACUCGUGUUUGAUUCUGUGGUUGACGGGCUGUUAAUACGCUCGGUUUUGGACACGGAUCACCACAACGGGUGGAGCAGAGGUGAUUCGAGGGGACAGUAGCCCUUGUUGUGAGGUCAUUGGCUCUUGGCAUUGAGAUUGUAUCACAAUGUCGGCAUUUAGUGAGUGAAAAGUGCACACGCAGAUAAAGACAAAUGCUAGUAUAGAUUUGACAAAUCCCUUUGCCUCACGUUUCAAUCUCACAGAUAAAUCACUGCAUUUCUACACAUAGUCUUUGUAAUGGACUGUUUUUAAAAACAACACUAUCAACAUUGGCGCUGUAUUUUUUAAUCAUUUUGUUUGUUUUCUUUACAAAGAUUUGAUGCCUACAUUACCCAGAAUACAACUGGACUACUACUACUACUCAUGCGGUGACUACAAGCUGCUCACAUAGCCUUGUCCUAAUUAUUGCUUGCUUAGAUGAAGAUUGGGCAAAAGAAGUCAGCCAAGCUCACUUCUGUCUCGCUCCAACACCCCUGUUUCUAUUUUUCUUUUUUUUUUUUCUUUUUCAAGUGACAUCACUUGAGCCAAUUUAUCAGUUCGUGUUGCUCCCUCAAAGUCCACAAAGUGCUUUAUCCAUCUGCACAUGUACAGACGUACUCCCCUGUAACCAGACUUGUAUGUGAAAAGUAGUGCACAAACUGUAACAUUUACAAGAAGUAGUCACUUUAUUUUGACCUCAGCUGAGGUAAUGCAAGCAAAAGAAAAAUAGGAAUCGAAUGCAUUUAAUCAUCUUUAUUGUCUUAACUUUUUUCCUCUAUAAAGAGAGAACAAUGAGUGAUUCAAAAACAGUCAGGGACAUUUCAAAAAGACCCUCUUAAUUGUUAAAAAUAGGGAUGCACCAAUCCUACUUUUUAGAUACCGAUAUCGAUACCUGGGCUUUGGUAUCUGCCGAUACCGAUACUAGCCGAAUCCGUCAAAACAUUACCGCUGCACAUGUUGCAAGUUUCCGGCGGAGUUGUUAGCAAAAGAAGCGUGACAUCCACCUAAACUGCAGAGCUCUGUAGUUAUCUUCCAUAAUGAUCUACCGGGCAAAAAAGCACAGACCGGCUGGUGCUGAUGACGUAGGAGAUGCACAUGGCUGUAGUGAACACAGAAAUGCAUAGAACUAAGAUGAAUAGAUCUGCCAUAUGGAUUGGAACUAUAUAUCGGCCCCUUGUCACCGAUAUCCGAUCUAGCUUUUUGAGUCCGAUCUGCCUGAUAUCAGGAUCGGAUCGGUGCAUCCCUAGUUAAAAAUUGGCUCAAACUAGCUGUGGCUUUAAACAAAGCUAAUGCCUUUAAUGUGGUUAACAACUGCUUAUAGUUAUCAGAGUUAACACUUAACUGAGGCAGUCACCUACAAAUAAUACACCUGUUGUUUAACUUCAUGCACCAUUAUUCCAAUCAUGCGUUGUUGUUGUUUUUACUCAGCUGAGUAUUAUUCUGGUUAUUAAUUUCCCUGAAAGCACCUUAAGAUUUCAAAGUGCUAUUUCAUCAUGUGCCAAGAGCCGUUAAAUGACCUGAACCUCACAAUGCAUUAUUUUAGCGACCUUCUGUGUCAGUCUGAUAUGAGCAGACCUGACAUUUCUUUAAAAAGAGCAAUAUAGGCAUUUAAACUAAUCCAAGCAGUGGCCGUUCAUCUCAGUGGAAGUGGAUCUUCAGUGGCUUUAGGCAGACUGAAUGUAGGUUGGUUUGUGUGUCGCUUUAUUACAGAAGUCCUUCUGUAAUUACUUUUGUUUGUAAUCUAAGAAAUAACUUGCUCCUCUCUGACAGUCUAAAAUAGUCACCUGUUUGGAUGCGUGUUCUUGUUUAGCUGUGAUAGCAUCCCACAACCUGCCUUUAUGAACUCUUAAGUAUCGCUAAAAGAAUGGUGAAUAAUAUCCUGACGAGACUCUCCUCUCUCCAAGCUUUUAUGUCUAAUUAAUAACGUAUGAGUGGAUUAGCAGCUGUAGCUGAGAGUGAGGCAGAUCAAACUUGGCAAGCUCUAAAACGACAUGGAUCUUUGGACAGAACUACAAUAUCUGCUCUUCUUUUUCAAUAACUUCUUUUUUUUAAGACGGUAAACAUCUUUGCAAUGUUUUAGUGUGUGUGCGCGCGUCUGUGUUACUUGUGAGAGGUUAACUCGAGAUUGUAUUUCAUAGACUGAUAAACUUUAAACUUUCAAAAGAUUGUGUUGAAUGAAUUCAUGUCUUAAUACAGAAUUGUUUGAAAAAUAAAAAUACCUUGAUCUCA